GAUAUUUUAGUGAUUGUGGACUAAAAUUAAUUGAACCUUUAAUUGAAUAAUUUUUUUCUAGUGUUGAAUAGCUUAGACAGAAGCUUCUCCUCAUGCUCCUUUGCUAAUUGUCACAAUGAUGGCAUCUGCAUUGUGGAAGACUGUGAGGCCUCAUGUGCCUCUCAUCCGGUUUAGGAAAGGUGGCUCAGUCGCCCAGGAGCUUGUGCGGGGCGCUCUACCGGUAGCAACUGCAGCAGACACCAAAACCGCCCCCGUCACUGCCGCUGCCGCAGUUCUUGAGGACUGGCAAAUGCCGCUCAGGUUCAGACGGAAGGAACUCUCGCAGGAUGAGAUCGAUUGCAUCAACAGUGGUGGUGUAUGUUGACCUGCGACGGAGCUACAAACGUGUAAAAUGUUGAGUAUAUAGAUGAAUGAUCGUCGAGAGAUCAAUAUUCUAAUGAUUCGCACCGGCGAAGCGGGCUCCUGGCUAAGAAGUAUCGCUUUAAUUGGCAAUCGGCCGUCAUCGUUGUUAUGUUAGUAGAGUAAUAUAAAUUAUCCUCAAAA